AUGGAAGUAGUUGCUUAUUUACAUAAUGCAGAUUUGCUCUUAGAAGAUGACAAUGGUGUCGCUGUGAUUAGCGGAAGUCAUUAUGUGCUGAGUUUAGGCGAUCAAAAGCUUACCGCCAACACGUUGCAGAACGUGCCGCACUCGGAGUCCCACCGAAGCCACUUGACGAUGCUCAAACUGCUGACUUGCUUAGCUGCUGAAGCAUUGAAAAAAACGCUUCUUGUAUUUGAUGCGUUCCAUGACGUUGCUGAAAAAGCCAAAGCGGGUAAUGCAAAUGCACAAGCCGUUAUGCAAUCUUGGGCUGAUGCUGAAUGGUUUACUAGCCGUAAAGACGUUCCAGAAGAAAUCAAACUUACUGUUUUCAAAGUAACUGGCGAAACAAAUACUGAUGAUUUGUCUCCUGCACAAGAUGCUUGGAGCCGUCCAGAUAUCCCAUUACAUGCAAACGCAAUGCUUAAAAACGUACGUGAUGGUAUCAACCCAGAAGUUCCUGGUGAAGUUGGUCCAUUAAACCAAAUCAAAGAACUCAUCGCAAAAGGCAACCAAGUUGCUUAUGUUGGUGACGUUGUUGGUACGGGUUCUUCUCGUAAAUCUGCGACUAACUCAGUGCUUUGGUUCUUUGGUGAUGACAUUGCUCACAUCCCGAACAAAAAAGACGGUGGUUACUGCUUAGGUUCUAAAAUCGCUCCAAUUUUCUUCAACACAAUGGAAGAUGCUGGUGCAUUACCUGUAGAGAUUGAUGUUGCUAACAUGAACAUGGGCGAUGAAAUCGUUCUUAAAAUUGAUCAUGCUGCUGCAAAAGUCACUGCAUUUAAAGCAGGCGAGCAAAUCGCUGAAUCUGAGUUGAAAACGCCUGUUCUUCUUGACGAAGUUCGUGCGGGUGGUCGUAUCAACUUAAUCGUUGGUCGUGGUUUGACAACUAAAGCGCGUGAAGCUUUAGGUCUUCCAGCAUCUACUUUAUUCCGUGUUCCAGUUCAACCUGAAAACACUGGUAAAGGCUUUACUCAAGCUCAGAAAAUGGUUGGUCGUGCUUGUGGUCUUCCAGAAGGUCAAGGCGUUCGUCCAGGUACUUACUGUGAACCGAAAAUGACGACUGUUGGUUCGCAAGAUACGACUGGUCCGAUGACUCGUGAUGAAUUGAAAGACUUAGCUUGCUUAGGUUUCUCUGCUGAUCUUGUGAUGCAAUCUUUCUGUCACACAGCUGCAUAUCCAAAACCAGUUGACGUUCAAAUGCAACAUACGCUUCCUGAUUUCAUCAUGAACCGUGGUGGUGUUUCAUUACGUCCAGGUGACGGUAUUAUUCACUCUUGGUUAAACCGUAUGCUUCUUCCAGAUACAGUUGGUACUGGUGGUGACUCACAUACACGUUUCCCAAUCGGUAUUUCAUUCCCAGCGGGUUCUGGUCUUGUCGCGUUUGCUGCUGCAACUGGUGUUAUGCCGUUGGAUAUGCCUGAGUCGGUACUUGUUAAGUUCAAAGGUAAAAUGCAGCCUGGUAUCACGCUACGUGACCUUGUACAUGCAAUUCCUUACUACGCGAUUCAAGCGGGUGACUUAACUGUAGAGAAAAAAGGUAAGAAAAACAUUUUCUCUGGUCGUAUCUUAGAAAUCGACUUAACAGAAAUGGAAACUGACUUAACUGUAGAGCAAGCAUUCGAACUUUCUGAUGCUUCUGCUGAACGUUCUGCUGCUGGUUGUUCAAUCACACUUUCUGAAACGAAAGUUGCUGAAUACUUGAACUCUAACAUCACAAUGUUGAAGUGGAUGAUUUCUCAAGGUUAUGGCGAUGCACGUACUAUGGCUCGCCGUGUUGAGAACAUGGAAAAAUGGUUAGCGAAUCCAUCACUUCUUCAAGCUGAUGCUGAUGCUGAAUACACUAAAGUGUAUGAAAUUGAUCUUGCUGACAUUAAAGAACCAGUUCUUUGCUGCCCGAACGAUCCUGAUGACGCUAAACUUCUUUCUGAUGUUCAAGGCGUUAAGAUUGACGAAGUGUUCGUUGGUUCUUGUAUGACGAACAUUGGUCACUUCCGUGCUGCUGGUAAAUUACUUGAUAAAGUACCAGGUGGUUCAUUGUCUACUCGUUUAUGGUUGGCUCCACCAACACGUAUGGACGAACAUCAAUUGAUGGAAGAAGGUUUCUAUAACAUUUAUGGUAAAGCUGGCGCGCGUACUGAAAUGCCAGGUUGUUCAUUAUGUAUGGGUAACCAAGCACGUGUAGCUCCGAACACAACUUGUGUAUCGACUUCUACGCGUAACUUCCCGAACCGUUUAGGUCAAGGCGCAAAUGUAUACUUAGCUUCUGCUGAGCUUGCAUCUGUUGCUGCUGUACUUGGUAAAUUGCCUUCUCCAGAAGAGUAUCAACAAUAUGCUGCUCAAAUCGACAGCAUGUCUGCUGACAUCUAUCAAUACUUGAACUUCGACAAGAUGGGCGAGUAUACAGAUGCUGCUAAAGACAUCGAUACUAAGAAAAUUGCUGCUGCUCAAUUAAGCUAA